AUGAAUACUACACAGUCUUAAUUCGAUGCCCAAUAAACAUAGUUCUAACAGUAAGCAAACACAUCCAAGUAUAAUUUCGAAGGCGUGAAAUAAAAUCCUCCUCCAACAGGAUAUGCACAGCUUUAAUCCAGAAGAGGUCCUGGUCCCACAAGGUCUGGCCCAACUGGAGCUGAUCGUCCCAUGACUUCUAUUAAAGCAGUUGUUAGAAAUCCACAAAGCUAGGAAUAAAAAUAAGUAAAAAUAGACAAGGUACCUGACUAAUCUCCUGAAAGCAACUUUAAGUAGUAAGAAAAGGAAAUAAAUUAGUUAUUAGAAGCUUCAGCUUUAGCUAAAAUUAAAGGAAAUUUAAGCGAAGCCCUUGAAAAAGCUAAAGAUGCUGUCAACAAAGAGAAACUUUUGAGAAGGUAAAAAGAAAAUAUGAAUUAAGCAGAUUCAAUAAAUAUUGAAUUAAGUUUCACUGUUGCCUAUAAUCUUGCUAACUAGUUGUAAGCAAAUGGCAUUUAUUAAGAAGCACUUCAAAAAUAUUCUGAUAUAAUUAAGAGUAAAAUUUAUCCUUAGGCAUAUAAACUGAGAGUAAAUAUGGGUAAUAUAUACUUUUAGUAGGAAAAAUAUAGUGCUGCCAUAAAAAUGUAUAAAAUGGUCUACGAUUGGCUGCCUCCUACUUCAAAAGAAAUGCGUUUCUAAGUACUUAAAAAUAUAGGACACGCAUAUGUUAAGGAAGGAAAAUUUGAUGAUGCAAUCAACACUUAUGAGACUAUUAUGAAAGGAAAUCCUGAUUUCUAGACUGCAUUUAAUUUACUUCUUUGUCUUUACGAUUAAGGUGAUAAGCUAAGAAUGAAGGAUUGUUUUUCUUCAAUGUUAGGAAUUGAAAUCCCUGGCUACACUGAAAAUGAAGAAGAAGAAAUGAAUUAAGAAUCUGCCUUCAAUGAUCCUUUGAGAGAAGAAAUCAAGGAAAAAAAGAGAAUAGCUAUUGACAUCUUGGUUAAAAGUGCUAAACUUAUUGCUCCAGUAAUAGAAGAAGACAUUAUUGAUGGAUAUGAUUGGAUUAUUGAAACUUUAAAGGAGUCUUAUUUCCCUGAAGUUUAAGCAGAAGUAGAAAUUUGCAAGGCUAUGGCAUAUUUAAAAUCUAAAAAUAUGGACAAGUCUAUUGAAACUCUAAAAUCUUUUGAAAGAAAAGAUAAAAUUAUGAUGGGUAGAGUUGCUACUAACAUUUCUUUCCUUUAUUUCUUAGAAAAUGACUUCAAAAAUGCAGAGAAAUAUGCUGACGUUGCUAUUAACUAUGAUAGAUUUAAUCCAAAAGCUUUAGUCAAUAGAGGUAACUGUUUACUCGUUAAAAAUGAAUUUUUACGUUCAAAAGAGCAGUACUUAGAAGCUAUUGGUGUUGAAGCCGACUGCAUUGAAGCCCUUUACAAUCUUGCUUUUGUAAAUAAAAAAUUAAACAUGUUCAAUGAAGCUUUAUAGGCAUUAGAAAAACUAUAAACUAUUAUAUCUACACCAGAAGUUGUUUAUUAGAUGGCCAGUAUUCAUGAAUUGAUGGGCUAAACUAAAUAAGCUUUAAAAUGGUACUAAGUCUUACUUACCAAGGUUCCUACCGAUCCCAAUAUCCUUGCCCGUGUUGGUAACAUAUUUGCUAGGGAAGAUGAUGAAACUCAAGCUCUCCAUUACUACUCUGAAUCAUAUAAAUAUUUACCUACAAAUAUUGAAACUAUUGGAUGGUUAGGUAUCUAUUAUGUUAAAUAAGAAUAUUAUGAAAGAGCUUGUCACUUCUUUGAAAGAGCUUCAUAAAUUUAACCUAAAGAAAUUAAGUGGAGAUUGAUGGUUGCUUCUUGCUACAGAAGAAUGGGCUCAUAUCAAAAAGCUCUUAAAAUAUACGAAGAAAUAUAUCAAGAUGAACCUCGUAACGUUGAAUGUCUUAAAUUCCUCACUUAAUUAUGCAAAGAAAUGGGAUUACCCUAUGAACAAUAUGCAUCAGAAUUAAGAAAGUUAGAGGCAGAAGAGUAUGCUGUUAACUAUCAAAUUGAACCUUAAGGUGGUUAUGAUCCAAAUAAUGGAGGAUAUGAUCCUUAUGGUACUGGCUAAAGUGGUAAUUAAGAAAUCGACAUAACUUCUCAAACAAGACGUGGAGUUGUAGCUAGACCAUAACAAUAAGUGCAACAAUAAAUCUAAAAUGAAGAUGACUGGGGUGCAGAUGAUCUUGGAGAUGGAUUAAUGCCAGUUUGA